AUGUGCAGUAAUAAAAAAUAUAGUAAUAUGAAUAUAAAUGAGGAUGUAAACCAAACUGUUAAUAAUAGUAGAAAUGUGUCUGAAAGUGUCGAAAUAAAUCAAAAUAGUGAUGAGAAAAUUUCUAGUUUUAAUUCACCAAAUCAUUCAUCCCAUUCGACAUCAUCAACAUCACCGAUCUCUAUUAAUUCAACGUCAGAUAAAUCAAUGGUGCCUAACAUUAAUCAACACACAUUAGAUAUUCUUGAAAGAUCAUCAAAUUUCCUAUUCCCAGUGAAUAAUACCAGUGAAAUUAAUUCAAUCGACAGAUAUAGACUUCAAUUUUGUAAUUAUGCUAUGUUAGAGCGAAUGAGAAAUCAAACAAAUGCGGGAUUACAACAAUUCUAUCAGCCAUUUGCCGGAUGUAAUUCACAGCUUGCAUUUUCAUUCUUUCAAAGUCGCGUUUUUCAAUCGGAAGAACCAAAGCCACAACAUUCGUAUAUAGGCUUAAUUGCGAUGGCUAUUCUUAGCACAGCAGAUCAAAAAUUAGUUUUGUCUGACAUCUAUCAGCAUAUACUAGACAAUUAUCCGUAUUUUCGAUCUCGUGGACCAGGAUGGAGGAACUCAAUACGACAUAAUUUAUCAUUGAAUGAUUGUUUUGUUAAAGCUGGUCGAUCUGCAAAUGGAAAAGGACAUUAUUGGGCUAUACAUCCUGCAAAUCUUGAUGAUUUUAAAAAAGGAGAUUUCCGACGGCGUAAGGCACAGAGAAAAGUACGGAAACAUAUGGGAUUAGCUGUAGAUGAUAAUGAUGCUGAUUCUCCUUCACCACCACCAAUAUCCUUUAUACCGUCGCCUUCUCAUGUACUACAUAAUUACCGAUUUAAUUUUUCAAAUGAACAUCAACAGCCAUGGAAUGCAAAAUUACUUCAAAAUGUAUCCACAGCAUACAGCAAUUGUUCACGUAAACGACAAUUUGAUGUGGCAUCAUUAUUAGCUCCUGACAGCGAUGAUUACAUAAGAAAUAGCUUAAUAUUAAAUAAUAAUAAGAAAAUACAUUUAAGUCAAGAACAAGAGGAUGAAGACAUAGAUGUAGUAGCAAAUGAUGACUCCAUCACUCCUACAUCAUCAAAUAUAGACUCAAAGAAUGAAUGUUUAAACACAAAAAUAUCUCCAUGGAAUAACUUAUCACCAUUAGCACCAGAUAAUAAAUUUUUAAACUAUUAUGCUACAGGACAAUAUCAUACAAGUGUAAGAUCAUUAGUACUUAAUGAAACCAUACCUGAAUCGUCCUUUUUUGAAAAGAAUAAAUAUCUUGAACUUUUAGACAAAAAGUAA